GCCCCUCCUAUACUCACUCACUCAACUACAACACAACUCAACAACCACUACUACAUAGUUACAACACAAUACAACUCUACAUCUACAUAUCUCAAUACUGAAGCCGAGCCGAAAUGGCAAACGUCCACAUCUCCUCGCACCCCUGUCUACAGGCCAAACUGUCCCAGCUCCGCUCCCACACCGCAACCCUGCGCGAGACCAAAGGUCUCGUCAGCGAGAUCACCACGAUUCUCGGCGUGGAAGCGUUCGCCACUGCUUUGCAGCCAAAAGUAUCUGGCAGAGAUCAAACACCCCUGGGAAUCGAGUACGAUACCGUCUCCAUCACUCCAUCGAACCUUGCCAUUGUUCCUAUUCUUCGUUCGGGACUGGGAAUGGUAGAAGCUGUGAAUGAUCUCCUCCCCACCCCCGUACCAAUCUACCAUCUCGGUCUCUUCCGGGAACGCGUCUCCCUCCAACCGGUAGAAUACUACAACAACCUCCCCUUCCACACAGACCAUUCAACGGCUUUCCCCAACCCGCCGACAACAACCCAGCCGGAAAACAAAGCCGCCGCGACGCUGGCCAUCCUCGUCGACCCCGUCAUCGCCACGGGCGCCACCGCUGAGGCCGCCAUCCGUCUCCUCCGCGACUGGGGCGUCCAGCGCAUCGUCAUGCUGAGUGUGCUGGCUUCCGAGGCGGGUAUCGCCCGUGCCGCGAACGCCUGGCCAGAGGGGGUCGAGCUGUGGGUUGGCGCCGUCGAUGGUCGCUGUGAUGAGCGCGGCAUGAUUGUCCCCGGUUUGGGCGACAUUGGGGAUCGUCUCUUUAUUGCAAUUGGGAAGUCAUAGUCUUUUCUCACAAAUCUACCCUACGUCUCA